AUGGCGGCCCGCUCGGAGCGCGACGCCGAGUGGCGCAAGUUCUUCGCGCUGUGCAGCGAGCUGCGCGCCGUCAAGAACACCAAGGGCGUGUCGGGCGCCGUGGACAAGCUGCAGAGCUUCCUGAACGACGACCGCACGCGCCAGCUCGUGCACCGCUGGCGCAGCUGGGGCUACCUGCUCAACUGCCUGCUGCACGUGCUCAAGGAAGAGAUGCGCGCGUACCUGAACCUGGGCGGCGCCGGCCGCAAGCGCAAGGCGUCGGCGCGCCCCAAGAUGCCGCAGCUGCGCUACUGGCACUACCUGCGCACGGAGCUGGAGACGGCGCACGCGGCGGCGGACGGCCCCAUGCUGCACCUGGACCCCAACGGCCGCGACUGCAUCUGCCAGUUGUUCGCCUUCUCGGCGGCCGUCAUCGACCGCCGCACGCCCAUCGAGUUUGACCGCAACUUCGAGACGCAGGUGGACAAGGAGGCCUGGCUCACGGUCGAGGUGCUCGUGCAGUACCGCGUGUACUGCGCCGUGCUGGACUACAAGGACUGGGAGAACAUGCUGGAGGUGGCCAUGGGCACCAUCUCCCCGACGCUACACCAAGAUCUGCUCGGAGACGCAGCUACGGCAGCCACUCGCGCCAGGGUGAUCCGGUUCCUGGUCAAGAACUGCCCCUUCGACUUGACCCAGCGCGACUCGGAGCGCCACGUGCUGGAGGGUGUCGUGCUGGAGAUUGAGAGCUGGUUCGAAGCGGCCAAAAGUGAGACGAUGGAGAAAGAGGCUGAUAGUUUGCUGCUGGUCGUCGCCUCAGCGUUGAUGGAGACGCUCACGGACUUGAUGAAGACGUAUUUCGGAUCCAUGGGGCCCUAUAUGUUGAAAAGCGGAGUCACGGUGCUGGAUUUUAUUGUCAUUUCGAAUAAAGCUCGGAAGAACAAACUUCGAGGGGCGCCGGCAGAGUUUUUGAUGCAGUUUUUGAAGCUGUACCAGCAUAAUGUGGCUGCGGAGCCGGAAUUCUGCUAUCUGCCACCGGCGAAGCUGCUGCGCGAGAUGAAGAAGCUGGUCCAUGUGGCAAUGGGUGCGGAGGAGAUCAACCUCUUGAUGACACACUUCAACUCAGCGAGAGAACAGCGACUGGGGAAUGCCCUCGGUAUUGAUGAUCAAGGGAUACGGCACUUGGCUUGCACGGCAGAUAUUAUUUUCUAUCACGAUUGCUUGGUGUCGGAGUGCAUGCAGAACAGUGAGGUUUUGGCGCAAGAUGAAGAGUUAUUUGACCCAGUCGUUGUCGGUAGCAAGCGACCUAGGUCCAUCUCAACGGUGCUCGCAUGGGAGACGGUCAUCGAACAGUUUUUGGACAGCCCGCGGACGGACACUCAGUAUAUGACAGCAGGCAGAUCUGCUUCACCCGCAUCGCAGCGACAGUCUUCAACUGUAUCUUACUUAUCGAGAAGUUUUUCGUCCCAAGUUCAGCGAACCGAAGCCAAACAGACGAGUGACUCCGGGGCGUGGUUGCUUUUGCUCCUGUCCAUUUUAAGUCGCCACGGAGAUUAUUACGUGAUGAAUCGAAUUGGAGACUUGAUGAUGGUCAUGCAGAAGCUCGCGGAUAUGCUGGUGGUCAAAGAGAUGGGCAAGUGGCAAGCACUGACUUUGCAGAUACUGAUUCAAAUGGCUGCUCUCUCGGCACGGCACCGUGAAGAGUGCGGUGACAAUUUUGUUGAUCAUUGGGCGAACGUAUGGCACAACUUGCUUCGACCCGAGCUUCCGUACAGUCGUGUUACAGAAGGAAUCGGAUUGACGCGAGGGCAAGCAGGCGAUGCUGUACUUACGCUAAUUAACUGCUGCGUUUCAUUCAGGCUCGUUCCGCUGAAUACCAUCGAAGCAAGCAGUCCAGAUUUAUGGAAUCUGCCAGCAUUUCGACAGCCGAGCUCAGACACGCCACCAGCACGCGGAGAUAAGAUGCGACCUUACGCUAGAACGUCAAUGGCUUCUAUCUGCACUUUACGUUCGCUUCUUCGUCACGUGCAGUUACCGGCGGAAGCUGAUAUCGGUGCAGCAGUAUCGCAAACACAGGAUUCCCAAAUUAUUGGCGAAGAAGUGUUUGAAAAAGAGUACGAAACGGUGCAGUCGAGACUUCUUCGAUCGCUGUUCGACCAUAUUCGUGCACAGGUGUUUCGACGCAACACGACAUUGGCGGGUGGGCUAUCCAAGUCCGUCACUAAAGUUGAUUGGCAGACAGAGAUGUCCACGAUGAUCUACGCUUCUGCCAUUCAGUCAUUCUUCGGAACAAGAGGUUCUGAACAACUGAGCACGAAGGAAGCGAUUUUUACUCCAGAAUUGAUCCGCAAGAUAUCUGCAACAGAUGUGGAGGAGUGCGAUAGCUACAUCACGGGGGAGGAACUCAACGGCUUUGGAGUGGCUUUCUGCAUGCUUGAGUGUGGGCUCGAACAUCUUUCAACACCUUUCCCACUAUCAGCUGGUGUAAAGCCGGCAGCCUUCGCCCUACCGAUUCAAGCGCGCGUUAACGAAAACGUCGGAUCUGGUGGUACAUGCUGGUACGAUGGGAUUAACUCGUGUGCGGCAAUGGUUGAUGACCACUUUGAACGUCUUGCGACUCCGACUGGUCUUUUGUACGAGUUGAUCCCACGACAAGAUGCAAAUCACUUACUCGCUCGUGAUAGUUUUUGGCAGGACCACUAUGCUCAAUCUAUUUCGACAGAGAGAGCGGUGGCGCUGCAGACAGAAAUCGUCAAUUUGUUCUCCGACUUGCUAUUGGAAAUCUCUAGCAGGUUACCCUCCGACGGAUACAAUUCAGUCAAGGGAUUGCGCGUGCUAGCUAACUCACUUGACGUUGGCCUUGUUCUUGCUGCACUUUAUGCUGAUGAAGAGGGUUUGUGGUCAGAAAACGCCGCAACGAACGAGGGUCGGCUCUGUGUGCUUCCACUGCUGAAACAGUACUUCGAGAUUGUUGCAAACUAUUUGAAGCCAAGUGUGAUCAAGCAAGCCCAGCUAAGCCAAUCAAUGUCUGAAAGCGUGGUGCACAUACUACGACGGCUUCAUACGAUCAUUCUGGUGUCUCAAGGUCGGAAAACACUGGAGAGGUGCCGUCAUCCGUCAGCAGAUCCUAUUGAUUUACGUACACCUCCCGAUCUUCGCCCGUCAAUAAGAGCUAUCGUGAAUACGCUAGAAGAGUCACUAGCUUGCUUCAGUGGCGGUAGUGAUACGCCGGGGGUGGAGUCCCCUACGCCAAUGCCGCCACGUCCGCGGACAGGAUUUAGCUCGCUUCGCGGUGCUUCCCGCUGGGAGUCUACUUUGAGCCGGUCGUCCGCUUCUCAGCACCAGAGCCAGUCAACACAUAGAGAAUGGGAUGUCAUGGAUGACGGGGAGGAAGAUGACAUUGCACGUGACCGCCCUCCCAAUCCUGUGCCUCAAAAGAGUAUUGCGCUGUGGUGUUUCCGCGUGAUUUUACUUCUCAAGAAAGACAGUGGCCUCUCGUCGGUGAAGAAAUAUGUACAGGCGAUUCAGUUUGACCCGGAUUUCGUCCUGGCAGUCGCUGUUCUUUUAUGCGGAGUAACUGGCGCUGACAGCCUGGAAGCUUUCGUCAAAUUGAUCGAUUAUGCUGCAGAGGAAGGCAUACGAGAAAACCGGACGCUUUCAGCUACACGUGGUGGAAAUUGUCGAGGAGGGAUAUUUCUCGCUCAGGUGCUGUCUGCAUUGCUCCUUGCUGGUUUGGUUCAUGAAACGCGGAAGUAUCAGCAUGAUGAACAACCUCCGGCGAUUCUUGUGGAGUGCGCAAAGAGACACCUGGAGACUGCGGCCGCGAUUACGCCAAAGCAGAGCUUGCGCAUGACGCGGAACGCCGAGCUGCAGUGCUUGGAGGUAUUUUUUCGUCUAAAUUCCCGGGAAUUCAAAUCGUUUGAAGAAACAUGCGUAGCUGGAUUAACUGACAGCGACACGAGCGUGCGCUUUAUUGCAGCGCGCAGUCUGCAGUCAGUGUAUUACAUGUAUCCAGAAGGCGGUGAAGGAAUAUGCCGACACUUUUUCAAGGUACAGGGGUCGUUACUAGAUGCACCCUCGCUGCUGGAUAUUGCGGACGAAGCCCCUGCUGAUACCGAAGAGCAUCGGCGACGUGCGAGACGAGAACGUGUUGAUUCACGACUGUGUAUGGACGCAUGCCUGUGUGUUUUGCAGAGCUUGUAUGUGAGUGCCUGCUCGUCACAAACAGCGCUUCCUGGGGUUCUAGAUGCAUGUGUCGAGUUGGCAUCAAUAACGGUGUCACUGUAUGGUGCGGGCACACCGUCGCUGAUUUCAGUGUGGUUAAAAGCGAUUGCAGAUUUUUACGGAUAUGGAAGUGUGUCCGAUUUGCUGGACGACCACUUUUGCGGUCUGUGGCACAAUUUUAUAGCUGCAAGCCAUCGACCAGCGCCUCAAGACGAAGACAAAGAGGAUAGCACGGGAUGGAUGAAAAGCACCCCAUUUGCCCCUCUUCCACAUGGCAACGCUUUACUACAGCAGUUCCCACUCUCUGCGCUUCUCGGCAAAGAGAUUGAUGCUAACAAGCGUCGGUUGGAAUUCCUGAAGAAACUGGAUAUGAUUUUUCCAAUUGGAGUGCUACACAACUUCAUUUCUGGAGACAGCGCCGAAGUGAAAGGUGGGCGAUUUGAAUUUGUUGAUCAGCUCGUGUCGAGCUUCUCUCCUGGCAGUGAGAGUAGUGACGAUCAGCCUGAAUAUGCGAUAUCGCAUUUUGGUGAGCAGGUGACCACGGAUUUGUUCGCCUUUUCGUUCAUUUUGUUGGCCCAUCCUGAUCCGGCCCUGAAACAAUUAGCUCAUAAUAUGGUUGAGGUGGCGGAAGAGCGUGCCCAAGCGAGCGCGCUAUCAUUUUCGCAUUUAGGCCAUAUAGCAAGCAAAAUGGCGCGUUUUACGGUGUGGAGCAUUAUUCAAGGGAACGAUGACGAAUUAAUUUCCCAAAGUGACCUGUGGAAGGACGCACUGAAAGCCAUGAAAGAGAAAUACUCGGAGUUUGACUGGAAGCUCGUUAAUAUGGCCGAUUUACUCAGCGAUUUUUACGUGCUCUUGCUGCGAACGGAACUCUACGAUCCGAGGGCCAUAUGUGCAGUGGAGUGCUUCAAAAUCUUUGUAGUGGAGACUCGUGACGCAGUAGCCGAAAAACCAGUGCUGCAACACCUGCUGCUAUCGAUAUGUUUUCAGUCGAUCAAGCAUUUGGCUGUCAGGAAUCGCCGUGCAAUCGGAAGGGUGAUGUCUCUCCUAGUUCGCGAAUGCUGCGAGUGUUUCAUGAAGAAGUCUGACAUGUUCGGGAAGUAUCUCGGAUUCGUAGUGCAAGAAAUCAGUGAUAUUCUGUCCAAGUGCAGCACGCAAUUGCAGCGAGAAACAACAGCGGCGCCACUGGAAGCGACAACAUCGCGACAGGUAUAUUACUUGAGUGCGGAUGACCAAGCGGAGCUGGAGUGGGUCAUUUUUGCGGUGUGCAACGAUCUAGGCAGCGGACUCGGGAAAUACGCUCUUGAUAUCGACAUAGUGCCGGACGGUAUAUCCACGAGUCUCGACAAGUUAAACGGGCUAAUCAUCAGCAGUCGAAAGAUAGUUUCAUCCGAAGACAGCCCCAAUGCAGCCAAGCUCAAAUCACACGACCCACCCCACCCCACUGCGGAUAGACACCACCAAGCGAAGCAGCAGAUUCAAAUGUUCAUUCAACGUGAACAUUCGCGUGGGACCAAGUUCUACAACCCGUUACCGUUUGGCGGAUCACUAAGUAUUGGCCCAGAGAAGCCGCACUGUGGGACUUCCUCUGACCGUCCAACUGGGUCUCAUGCCGAUAUGCGCUUAUCCGCCGUUACAACAAGCAUUGACACACUGCGAGACUCCAGCCCAUCAACCAGGAAACUGUACGGGAAGCUUGCCCAUACAUUACUUUAUCUCACCUCCUCAGGCACAUUUGGCAGUGACGACCGCCUCCGUGAAACAGGAACAGCAAACCUUGCAGAUGCUUUAGGCGAGCUCGGAGCGCUUGAUGCAAGCGAGUAUGAGCUGAGUCCAGCCCAGCAGGAAGGGAAUUUGUCACGGUUGUAUCGGCAGCACUUUCAUCGGGGUGCACUCCGAGAAACCAAGACAACAUUUCGGCUUGCUAUGCAUGAGAACGUGCUGACGUACUUGAGCUCAUUGUUUUUCGAGGGAAGGCGAUCCGGAAAUGUUGAUCCGUCAGUGCUGGAAGAGACACUUAAGACACUAAAAUGUGUUCUGAAUCUUGAUGAGGGAGUGGCUGCUUUGGCUCGGAGUAAGGACACUGAGCUUAAAGCGUUUCUGGAGCCAUUCGAGACCGCGUCACCAUCGAAUUGGUCGACAACGCCCCCAAGAAACGGUGUAGGCUGGGAUCUACAGCCGAAGUGUACAUUUCGUCAACAAUUGGAUCGUUGGACAUCCGCGGAAGUGCAUGGCUUUGAGUCGUGGGUGUGUUCCUUGACCUCAAGCCUGGCUAGAGAGUCUCCGGACCCGGUGUUGAAGGCGUGCUCGGCCUUGUCAGCCAUGCGGGUAGAUAUGGCAGUAUUCCUCUUCCCCUACGCUGUUGAAAGCAUUUUAAGGAAACCCGACGAUGAAAACACUGAAGAGAUUGAUGACACGAAGGAGGCUACCGCUACACAAGAUCUUUCCCGAGCAGUGAAGGCUGUUAAUCAAGGCGUGCGAUUUGUGUUGACGGGGACAACAAAUGACGCACUGGAAAACCAUGUUGCAGCCUCAACGGGGAAAUUCCAAGCAACAGAAGCAAGUUCCCAGCCACCUCAAGUUGUGCAGCUCGUUGUUCACACUAUCAAUUUCCUCAGGGAAACGGAGAAAGCUCGUUUCGUGGAGACAAACGGUAGAACCCAGAAAAAAGUUGGAGCAGGUAAAGGAAAAGGCUCCAAGCGAUCAUCCACUGGUGCUGCAACAGGGUUCCCCAACUCGAAUGAUCUGGCGUAUGACUGCAUGGUUGACGUGGACCUUCUUUCGGUUGCAAGGGCUGCCGUACGAGUUAACAUGCCGUAUUCAGCUAUGCAGUACGUGGAAAUGUGGUUGGAAAAACGUAAUGGGGGAAAAAUCACUUCGCUGUCGUCGUUGGAUAACGAUGACAUAGUGACCACAUUGCGUGAAAUCCUCGUCGAGGCGUACAGCGUUGACAGCGACAGCGAUGGUAUUUAUGGUGUUAACGAUGGACGAACAGUUAAGUCACAGUUGGUCAAAUACAACCGCGAGGGUAAGUACGCCAAGGCUCUGCCCCUCUACGAUAUCUCCUUGCAGUUUUCAAACCAGCAUGAUCUGCAACGUGGAGGCACUGCAAUCAUCGUCUCCAAUCGGCUUGUGGAGGGCAUGCUUACGUCACUGCAAUCGCUUGGGUACAAUCACUUGCUGGAAGGCUACUUGCAGUCACUGCAGCAGAGUGGCCAAUUUUCGAGUAGAAGUUCUGGAUUUGCUGCUGCUCAAGCCUUAGAGCACAAAUAUCAGCUGGCAUGGAAACGCAUGCAGUGGGAAGCUGUGCUUCCCACGAUUUCGCUGCCUGAUGGCAAGGACCCAGCAACUACUAGUUUCUCGCACCAGCCAAUGCUCUUUCAAGGAUUGCGAGCUAUAGCUCACGGAGAUUUCAAAAGUCUGCAGCGCGUGACAUCAAAGGCGAAGGAGCAGAUCUUGCAAUCGGUUCAGCUGAGUUUGCACUCGUUUGAGAGCACGAAAGAUUCGUACUCGGCACUUGGUUACCUGCAGGGUAUUCACGAACUUGAAGAAUUGGCUGACUACAUUAGGAGAUCAAGCUCGGUGGCAGAUUCGCCGAUCCUGUCGACUAUGACACCCACCGGAUUGAAAAGCUACUCGUCGUUGGAUGAUGUCCUUGAUGUUUCGCGACAAAAAUCAUUGACAACAAUGUCGCUGCUAGAGCGAUGGCAAAGGCGACAUGACCAGAUCAAGAACGAUUUUGACAAGGCCGAAAGCCUGUUAGGUCUGGAAGAAGUACUUCUUCAGGUGUCAAAGGCAUCUGAUGAAGCGAAGGUACUGACGAAACUGUACCUGGACCUGGCUUCACUCAGCCGCAAAGCUGGGCGGAUUGCAGUGGCAUAUCGAGCCUUAUCGAAGCUUGAACAGCUUGAUGAUCGUGGGUCCUUGGGCAUUUUUGACAAAAUGCAAUGGCAGAUACAAAAGGCCAAACUGUUGUGGAAGCAGCAGGAAGCUCGCAGUGCGAUUUGGACCGGGAAAAAAUUGUGCUCCGACUUAACCGCAUAUUUGGAUGGUUCUUCUGUUUCUGGGGCCGAAGCGGCCUCCUUGCAACUGCUGCACGUCAAGGUGCUGACAAUCACCGGUAAAUGGAUUGCAUCGCAGCGUUCUGAGAGCUCUCAAGUGAUUCUCGAGGAGUUCUUUCAAAAAGCUACUGAGAUCAUUCGCGGAAUUGCUUCUGAAGCAGUCUCAGAGCGGGCUGGAGAUGCAUCAAAGGCUCAUUUUGCUCUGGCCGAGUUCAUGGCUGCGAUGUACCAGCAAGUUAGUACACGCGUGACGUCGCGGGAGUGGCUGGCAGGCAAAAAAGUUGUCCAAGCACGACACGACGAACUGCUAGAACUGCAGAGCAUGAAGCAGAACAUGCAAAACGAAAAUCGAGCGCACAUUCACGCACUGAAUAAAGAGGUUGUUUAUGACCUCAAUGAGCGCUCGAAAGUCGAGGCUUCGGUCGAUCAAUUUCUGAUGGGGGCGCUGUGCAGCUACGGGAAGGGACUAUCGCUGUCGCCUCAACCUGAGCUCGAUAUGGUGUUUCGUGUACUUUCGCUAUGGCUGAAUAAUCAGCACAAGGCCGACAUCAAUCGAGUUGUGAUAGAAGAAGUGAUCGACAUGGUGCCGUCGUACAAAUUCGUGCCCCUGUCGUACCAAAUCAUCUCACGUAUUAGCAGCUCCACCGAUACUGGAACUUUCCAAACUGCUCUGCGCAAACUGGUGAUGAAGAUGAGCGAGCAGCACCCGCACCAUACACUGAUACAAUUGAUUGCGUUAAAGAACAGCGGAGAUGUUGAAGGGAAGGGUGCGCUACAGUUUCGCACGAACGUUGGAGACGCAAAAGCAGAAGGUGCCAAAGUGUAUUUGGCCGAGUUGAUGAAAACGGAGCAGCGGGAGCUACUGGAGUCUCUCGACUGCAUGGCAAACGCGUACGUUCAGUUGGCACUGUUUGACACAAGUGAAUAUCACGGCCAAAAGAAGAAGAUUCCAUUGUCGAAGGUGACGAUCUUUGAUACAAGCUCAAGCUCAGGAAGGUCUGGAGCCGCGCCGUUUGACGCAUACAUUCGUGCCCGGACACGGCGUGGUGGCUCUGCUGUAAUCCCGGCAGUGCUUACCUCUCGCAUCGUACCGCAAGCAGAUAUGGACUACUCCGGCGUGGUACGAACGUUCUCAUUUGAGUCGCAUUUUUCCAUUACCGACAGCGGAAUCCAUCGGCCGAAGAUAAUUUACUGCCACGGCUCGGAUGGCCAAAGCUACAAGCAGCUGGUGAAGGGGCAAGAUGACACGCGACAGGACCUUGUCAUUGAACAAGUGUUUGAAACGAUGAACCAGUUCCUGAUGGAAGAAAAGGCGACUCGCAAGCGUAAAUUGCGACUGCGCACGUACAGAGUGGUCCCGCUGUCUCCGAUUGCAGGCGUGCUGGAAUGGGUGGAGAACACUACACCUUGGGGGUCCUAUCUGGUGAGUCGGACAUCCAAGAGGCUGUCGGCGCAUGAGCGAUACCACCCUCAUGAAUGGAAGCACACGGAAUGCCGACAAUACCUGAAAAAUGCUCCGGAGAAGCUGCCGGCCUUUUUGGAGAUCCAGGCGAAUUUUACUCCAGUCUUCCACCACUUCUUUUUAGAGAAAUUCCCCGAUGCAGCAGUAUGGUACCAUCGUCGACUAGCUUACGUCCAGAGCGCCGCGGUGACGUCCAUCGUCGGAUACAUUCUGGGCAUCGGAGAUCGCCAUUCGCAGAACAUCCUCAUCCAUGAAGAGACAGGAGAGCUCGUGCACAUCGACUUUGGCGUCGUGUUUGACCAGGGAAUGGCGUUGUAUACGCCCGAGACUGUUCCAUUCCGACUCACACGCGACAUGGUCGAUGGAAUGGGCAUUUCAGGCGUAGACGGCGUUUUCUCGCGUUGCUGUGAAGUCACGUUGCAACUCUUGCGCAAGAAGAGCGCCUCGGUCGUGACGAUUCUCGAGGUCUUUGUGCACGAUCCACUCUAUCGAUGGACACUCUCACCAUUGAAGGCACUGCGCAUUCAAGAGGGAGGGGAACAGGAUCGCAGGAAAUCUGAUGCACGUUCGCGGGGUUCGAGCCGCUCUGGUAGCAGCUACGGUGUUACUGGAACCGGCAGUACGAAUGAGGCCCAACCAGCUGAUGAAAUGCAUGCGGAGCCGGGAAGUACUGACGCUGCAGCUCGAGCUCUAAUUCGCGUCAAGCAGAAGCUCGAGGGCUACGAGGACCCGAAUGGAAGUGCUCUGAGCAUCGAGGGCCAGGUAAAGCAGCUCCUGAGUGCAGCACAGGACCCACACAACUUGUGCAAACUCUUUCCAGGGUGGGCUCCCUGGCUGUAG